AACGCGAUUGGCUGUGAGGUCUUAUUAGCGCAUGCGUGCUUGUGUCUUUCUUGCCCGGUCGUCCUUUCCCCCGUAAGCGGUGUUCUACUUUGGUUGAUCUUAGUGUCGGCCGCGCUGUUUAUUCACCAUAGUUUUUUUUUUCCACCCCCGUUUGUCCGGUUCAAUUUACAGCCGAGUAAAGAAACAUGUCUACAGAAGAUCUCCAACAGACCAUUGUCAAUGAUGAUGAUGACGAGGUUGAAGAGGUAACCCAGGGAGAUAUGGAAACUGGGACCAUACCUCUUGAUGAUGAAGAGAAAGUGGAAGGUGAUGUUCCCAUGGAAGACAGCAAUGUGGAAGAGAAGAAAGAUGAUGCUGAAAAGAAAGAGGAAGAGGAUGACAAUACAUUUAAUUUGAGACGUCCAUACCCCAACCUGUUGACAAUUCAUAAACUAAAACUGGAGGACAUCAAGGUUGCUGUGUCCGAGUUGUCUGAUUACUGGGAUGAUUCCUGUUUGACCAUCAGAUACAUUAAGGAGAAGUCUGGUGUUAGGAAAGGGUUCAUGCGGAUGAAGUUUCCUUCAGAAGAAGCUGCCGAGGUUGUGUUUAACAAGCUGAUGCCCAUGGAAAUCAAUGGGAAGACCUUUGAAUAUGAACCUACAACUGAGGGGAACAAGAAAGACUAUUCCCUCUAUGUCAACAACAUUCCCCAAGGAGUCACAGUGAAGGAGGUGCAGGCGUUGUUCCCGCAAGCCCGGAAUGUGGUGAUCCCACUUAAUGAGGAAGACCAGAAUCAGGGGUAAUUUCUCAAACUUGCGCAUAUUUAUACAUUUUUAAUAAAUUUGUUUGAUGGUGCUGGUCGUGGUUGAUGUAGUCAAGGACAGCUGCAUCACCAAACCAACCCCUCUUAUCCUAUAUCUAUAUCUCUCUCU